AUGGUGUGAUGAGGUCGCUAGGGUUUUGGGUUUAUGGUUUCUCAAUCUCUGUAGGGUUUAAGGUUUAAGGCCUAAAACGCAGAACCUCUGACUUUCUUUUUGGAAAGAAAUGGCUAAUUCAAUUGCUACUCUCUCGCGAAGGCUCUCUCGUUCCCUUAUCACUAACCCCAAAUUCUCUCAGAUUUCCAUGCUCUUUUGCACCGAUAACCUCUCCUCUCGAGACGACUCCGCCUUGGAAGACUCCGAUCACAACUCGGAUACUGAUUCCGUGCCGAGUUCCAUCUCACAAUCAUCAUUAUCCUCCUCAUCAACCUUAGCAGCUGCUUCCCCCGGGUCGACUGAUGAGCGAAUGAUCUAUCAACGGCCUCUAGAGAAUGGCCUCGAUUUGGGGAUUUACAGGGCAAUAUUGGUGGGGCAGGUGGGGCAGACUCCAUUGCAGAAGAAGUUGAGAAGUGGGAGGAUUGUGACAAUGUUCUCGCUGGGGACAGGUGGGAUUCGCAAUAAUAGGAGGCCAUUACAGAAUGAGGAGCCAAAGGAGUAUGCAAAUCGGUGUAAUGUUCAGUGGCAUCGGAUUUCGGUUUACCCAGAAAGAUUGGGGAGUCUAGUCAUGAAGAAUGUUGGACCGGGUUCAAUUAUUUAUCUGGAGGGGAAUCUGGAGACCAAAGUUUUCACUGAUCCAAUAACCGGUCUUGUUCGGCGCAUAAGAGAGGUUGCCAUUCGUCGAGAUGGUCGGCUUGUGUUUUUGGGAAAAGGUGGUGAUGACCAGCAAGCAGCAAGUGCAAAUGAAUUGAGAAGUGUUGGCUAUUACUAGGAGAAUAACUCGAAACGAUUCGGGUAUAUGUAUUGAAUCUCUAAUUAUGGAGCAAUUUUCGCAUUUGUAAUUAUGUAUUGAUUCUGCUUCAAGCUAGCAGUAACAAAAGAGGCAGGUCUUGCUGCUUGUGAAAAACUUGGCCGAGUCUUUUAUAUGUCUAGUUUUAGCAUUGUCUUUGUCAUUCAACGUUAUUUGUUUAUGGAUGGAAAAUUAACUUUGAUUUGCUA